AGCAAGGCCCCGACCCACGGCCACGGGACCGCGCACGCAGCCGGCGAGCACGGCAUCGCAUCGCAUCACGGGCGCGGCCAAGAGUCCUGCCCUGCGAAGUGCGAAGUGCGAAAGCGCCUGUCACCUCCAGUGUCCAGUGCCGCAGUGCGCACAGGGUUUUAGGCAGGCAGGCAGGCAGGGCGCGCGACACCGGGAUCGAUCGCCAUCGCCACCCAUGGAAUCCGCGACGGCGUCCGUCCGCAGCGCGUCGCUCGCGCGGGCCCGGCCCGCGCUCGUCUACGGGGGCGGGGCGCGGCGCGUCGUGGGCGCUGGCCCCGCCGCCGCGCGCGCCCGGCGGAGGGCGCCCCUCGUCGUCGCAGUCGCCGCACACCACCAGAACCACCUCGAGCCGCUCCCGUCGCGCGCGCAGGAGGGCGGCGCCGUGGCGGUGGCGACGACCACCCAGGCUGACGAGGCGGAGGUCCAUGCGAACGACGCUGCGCCGGCGGCGGCUGCUGAAACUGAAACCUCGUCUCCCCAACUGGCUCCUGGUAAUAAGACGGUGCGCGUCAGAUUUGUGCUGCAAAAGCAGUGCACGUUCGGACAGAGCGUCUGCCUCGUCGGCGACGACCCUGCGCUCGGCCUCUGGGAUCCGUUGAAUGCGUUUGCUUUGGAAUGGGCGGAGGAAAGCCACGACUGGAUCUUAGAGAAAGAUUUACCGGCCAACAAGCUGGUUGAGUUCAAGUUCUUGCUGCAAGAUUCGACAGGGAAGUUGCAUUGGCAGGAUGGGCCGAACAGAAGCUUUCGGACAGGUGAAACCGCAAACACGUUGGUUGUGUUUGAAGAUUGGGAUGAUGUGAAGAAUCAGAAAAUAGCAGAAGAGGAGGGAGGGGCGUCUACUGGGAUUGAGCAAACUGUUGUUUCAAAUGACAGCAAAAGCACAAAGGAUACUGUUUUUGAAGAUGAGCUCCAAGCGGAUGAUAAUCAAGUCAAAGAAGAUGAACCCGUAGUUGCCAAGGAGGAUAAGAAGCCAGCGGUUGACACAGAUGCUUCUUUUCAUGUAGAUUGGGUGAAGACAAACGAAGCUAGCCCUCGAAAGUCGGUGCUGCAUGAGGAAAUGGAAGUUCUAGACGAACUUCUUGGAAAAGAAAACAUGGAGAACAGCAGUAUUUCGAGUACUGAUGAGAAUCAUGCUGAAAAAACUGGAGGAGAUGAUAUCUUGUCUGAGGAUGGUGUUCCGGUUGAGAAUGGGUUGGCCACUGCUUAUGAACAUGAUUUGCUUUGGGGUUGGAAGGCCCUGCAGCAGCUGAUGAUGAGCCUGGGCUUCAAAAUAGAUACAACAUGAAAAGGCAUAAUCUACUGCUAUAUAUCUAAUGUUCGUAUGCCAUUCGGAUGCAAUUGUGUUGCUUUCCAGGAUAAUCUGUUUUGACCCCUUAGGAGACUGCCUUAUGGAUGUUCACGGAAAAGGCUUUGCACUCUAGAUUCUAGAAAGCUGCUGGCAUUGUGGUAUUGUAUGUAUAUAAUAUGUUCGUUUUCCAAAGGUGUUGUAUCUUAGCAGAUAUAAGAACCUUUUAUUAUAAAUAAUCUACUAUCAGUUGUGGUCGAAAA